AUGGCGUCGACUACAUCCGAGACCGCUUCGCCAAUUGGUAUCGCCAAUCUGACCGUUCGCAUAGUUGCCCAACCAACGGUUGCUGGAGAGUCUGGAUUGGGCAAAACCACAUUCAUCAACACUCUUUUCUCGACCACGAUCAAGAACUAUGCAGACCAUAAACGCAGACACGCUAAGCAGGUCGACAAGACCGUUGAGAUCGAGAUCACAAAGGCUGAGCUCGAGGAGCGAUUCUUCAAAGUUCGGCUGACCGUUAUCGAUACUCCUGGCUUCGGCGACUACGUCAACAACCGUGAUUCAUGGAUGCCCAUUAUCGAAUUUUUGGAUGACCAGCACGAGUCCUAUAUGUUGCAAGAGCAACAGCCACGCCGUAUUGACAAGAUCGAUCUCCGUGUCCACGCUUGCCUGUACUUUAUCCGCCCAACGGGCCACACCCUCAAACCACUAGAUAUCGAGGUUAUGAAGCGUCUCAGCUCGCGCGUGAACUUGAUUCCAGUCGUCGCGAAGGCCGAUACCCUAAGCCCUUCUGAUCUUGCCCGCUUCAAGCAGAGAAUCCGCGCCGUCAUUGAAGCUCAGGGCAUCAAGAUCUACCAGCCUCCGGUCGAAGAGGAUGACGAGCAAGCUGCCCAGCACGCCCGCAGCUUGAUGGCUGUUAUGCCAUUCUCCGUCAUUGGUUCCGAAAAAGACGUUAAGACUAGUGAUGGCCACAUCGUUAAGGGUCGCCAGUACUCCUGGGGUGUCGCCGAAGUUGAGAACGAAGAUCACUGUGACUUCAAGAAACUCCGCUCUAUCCUCAUCCGAACACACAUGCUUGAUCUCAUCCACACCACUGAAGAGCAGCACUACGAAGCCUACCGAGCACUUCAGAUGGAGACCAGAAAGUUCGGAGAGGCCCGACCAAGAAAGCUCGACAACCCCAAGUUCAAGGAAGAGGAGGAGAACCUACGAAAGAGAUUCACCGAGCAAGUCAAGAUCGAGGAACAACGAUUCAGACAGUGGGAGCAGAAACUCAUUGCCGAGAGAGACCGACUCAACAAGGACUUGGAAACCACCCACGCAGCUGAGAUACGGGUGGAUGGCUUCUUCCCUUCUAGGAACUCUCUGUCUGCUCCCAAGCUUGAUUCUACUUUGGACGGUCGAUGCUCGACAGGCAAUGUAGUGGUUUCUGGGUCGUUGUAUACCCGUCUUCCCCUUUUAUAUUUCCCGGAGCCAGCGAUUCUUGCCAACCCAUUUUCACCCUAA